GGCGGAGCGGCCGCGGGGCGGGCAGCGGCUCCGGCUCCGGUUCGGGGCGGGCAGCGGCUCCGGGCAGCGGCUCCGGUUCGGGGCGGGCAGCGGCUCCGGGCAGCGGCUCCGGGCAGCGGCUCCGGGCAGCGGCAGCCGAUGCGCGACGGGCGCGGAGCGUCUGACGGCCCCGGCGGAGGGAGGGAGAUGCACCGCAAAGGGAGCGCACACACCGCCGCUUCGCUUUGAGGAAGCACAAGGCAUCAUGGUGAGUAAGGAGCCCAGCAAAUGCUUACUCACCGCCUCAGACAGCGAAGUUGAGCCGGCGGCUUCGCUCGCCCUGGAGAUGAAAUACGCGCUGGAUCCCAACCGGCAGAUCAAGAAACGGAACAAAGCCCUCCAGGUGAGAUUUAAAGAUAUCUGCGAGGCCCAGAACGAGCAGAGGGACAAACAGCUGUCCAGCAGCCAGGAUCCCGACAAGAGGGAAGCCAAGGCCAUCUCCUACAAGACGGCGUAUCGCAAGUACAUGACGGUGCCCGCCCGGAGGUCCAUACCCAACGUCACCAAGAGCACAGGAGUUCAGACUUCACCCGAUCUUAAAAAGUGUUACCAGACCUUUCCUCUAGACCGGAAAAAAGGGAAUAUUCUUAAAAGCGCCUCGACUGUCGACACCUUUAAGGGUCAAAACAACGGGUUUCUCAUAGACGCGAAGGACAAGGACGGCGGGAGCUCGGGGGACGCGGGUCAGUGGGGCAGGAAGGGCGGCAGCCUGCAGACGGCCGAGUUCAUCUCCCACCUCAACGAGCGCAUCAACGCCGAGUCCUGGAGAAGCAGCGAUUUGCACAGCUCUCCCAAAGAGUCUCCCCCUCUCCCAAACUCGGCCGACCCCGCUCUGGAGGAGCCGGGCCGCGGGAAGCCGGCGGCGGGGCGGCCGGGGAGCGAGGAGGCCGCCCAGCCCCUCCACGGGAGGGUCUUCAAGACCGAAGUGGCCACCGUUUACUUGCCGUCGGCCGGUUCGCACGCCUCGCAGACCGACCUGCUCGACCUCGCGGCCGAGAGCGACUGGUCGCCGUGCCCGGCAGCCGAGGAGGACAGAAAGAGGACGGUGCACCUCAACGGUGUCCAGGCGCAGGCGGGAGAUGCCCGGGCCUGCGCGGCGCGGGCGCAGUGCCAAGCCACCGAAUGUAGCGAGCAAACCCUACAGAUCGACGUUUCGCCUAUGGAGGAGAACCAGCCUUGCCGGGCGGCCGUGGCGGUGAGCGAGGAAUGCCAACAAAUCGUGCCUCACACGGAAGUUGUGGACUUGAAAGCGCAGCUUCAGAUGAUGGAGAAUUUGAUCAGCUCUAGUCAGGAAACCAUAAAAGUGUUGUUGGGUGUUAUACAGGAGCUAGAGAAAGGAGAAGCUCACAGAGAAGGGCUUUCAUAUCGGACUGGUCAAGACACGGCUAAUUGCGACACAUGCAGGAACAGUGCAUGUAUUAUCUAUAGCGUGGAAUUGGAUUUUAAGCAGCAAGAAGAUAAACUCCAGCCAGUUUUGAGAAAACUUCAUCCUAUCGAGGAAACUCAGGUUGCACCUUUGCCUUAUUCUCAGGAGAGUUACUCCUCCACUCCCAAGCAAAAAUCCAAAACUGAAUCAAAAAAGCAUGGAAGAUGGAAACUCUGGUUCCUUUAACCCACGUCCAUUGCGUGUGGAGUCCAAGGCCUUCUCUGAAAAAUAUGUGGAGUUCCGUCCAUCAUCUCUAACAGGAUCUUGGUAGACUGAUCCGCGUUACCGGCCAAUGUAGUUCUCACCGUAUGUACCAAAAAGGCCUUUGUACCUAGAAACUCAUGUCCAGAUGCAAGGAGUUCAAUAAUAACCUUGCCGACUUUUCUUUGCGGUUCGCCA